AUGGCGAUCGGUUCCUUGGGCUCCCUGUGUGCAUGGCUAGUCAUCGCUAAGGCAUCCGCCGACUCUUGGAACCUCUACCUAGCAAGGUUCAUGGUUGGCGUCUCCACCGGUGUCAUCUCACUCGUGGCACCUGCGUACAUCGCCGAAACUGCGACGGCCAAGGACCGUGGCAAGCAGUGCGGAACAAUACAGACCUGCAUCGCCGCGGGCAUGCUUUACACGUACGUGGUGGGACUCUUCACGGACUGGUCGCGGAUAGCCCUGUGGUGCGCGGUGCCAUCGGCCUUGUCGGUGGUGCUCAUCAUGCGAGCGGUCGAGUCACCCCGCUGGUUGAUGGAACAAGGCAAGCACGACGCGGCCCAGAUAGCAUUGAGGCAGAUACGCUUCAUCACUUCGCAGGCAGAUGGGGAGCUGGAGGAGAUCGAAGUGAUCUAUGUGAAGACACCGACUCCCCUCCGACACUACAUGCUCGCCGUGAUGGUGAUAGUGUUGCAGCAGUUCUCCGGGGUCAACAUGAUCCUGACCUACGCCACCGGACCCAUGCAUACUACGUCGUCGUUGACAUCACGUCACUUCUACAUCAUACUCGCGAUUGUACAGCUGGUGUGUACGGGAUUGGCCUCUCAGAUGCUGGACAUUUUCGGCCGCGUGAAGCCCUUGGCGGUGUCAGUGACCAUUUGCGCGUGCAGUAUGAUGGCUCUGGCAGGCGUCUACUUCGCCUUUGGAAACGCACACGGAGACGUAGACAGCGAGCUGGGACAUCACCUCGCCGAAACGUGCAAAGUCGCCUUCUGCGUCGGAUACUCGAUCGGUGUUGGUCCCGCCACCUGGGUGCUGGCCGUCGAACUGUCCCCUUUGCGAGGCGGGGGCUGCGACUUCGGCACCGCCUGCGUCUUCCACUGGGCAUCGGCACUGGCCGUCUUGAGCCUAGUCUCGACGUUCAGCUUCUCGGCCAACUCGCUGGCGCUUCUGGCGUUCUUCGCAGCCUGCGCCACUCUUGUAAACGGCGUCGGUGCCUUCUUCCUCCUUCCAGACACCGACUCGGUGUCCCUCGAGGCGAUCCUGCUCGAAGGCCAGAAGGACAGACCCGAGAAGCCCCAGAAGGCCCACGAAUUUAAAGAAUCCUCAACCACGCAACCGGAAAAAGAGGAGGGGCAAAAGGAGAAUGAACGGGAGACGAGCAAGGAUGCUGCCUCCGGACAAGCAGCCUCCGGGCAUGUAUCCCCCGGACAUUCGAAACGAGCGGUGCUGACGGCGGGAAAACGAACCCCGCGUGCGUCGCCGCAAGUGUCGCGCCAGUCCUCUCGCGCCCACCAUUCCCGCGCCGACGCCCGUGAGGAGGAUGACGUCAAAGGCGUGACUUCGCCCGAAGUCGAAGGCAAGACUGCGUCGACGGUCGAAAAAGCGGCGACCGCUGCUGGCGCCCGCGGCAGGCGCUUAAAGCAGCCGCAAGGAGAAACUUAG